GCCGUGUAUAGUAAUAUGGCCGAGCUCGGGCGUGUUUUUAAGGUCCAGCGCGGCCCAGUCCGGCCCGUUGAAAGCCCUAGUUGGGCCACGUUUCUCUCGAUAGCCAUUUCUCAUUUCCUCCAGCAAAUAAGCAGAGCUUUCUCCAUCUCUGUCAUGGCUGCUGCUGCUGCUGCAAAGAAAACCCGAACAGCUUGCAACCUUUCCCUCAUCAGAUCUCUCCUCUCUUCAAAACCCCGAUUUCUCACCACCUCCGUCCAUUCCUCUGCUCUCCCAACCCCAGAAUCCGCUCCUUCCUUCUCUUCCUUAGAUGUUACUAAUCAGAAGACCGAUGAAAGCAUCUACAUCAUGGCCCCACCCAAACCCAAAUCCCAAGAGUCUUCAUCAUCGGUGACGAUGCCGAUGUCGUUCAUGACUGGUUCGAUCGUCGGGAAGAGAUUCUACAAGUCGGCGUCUACUAGGGAGGCGGACGACGGGAAUGGGUGGUCCGUCAUGCUCGAUUACCGCACCCUCAAGACGCCCUCCAAGCGUCCGCUCAAGCUCCCAACUCUCGCCCUCGCCCAGGCCAUUGCCGCCGAGUGGGAAUACCAGCAAACAGAUGGAAUCAGACCCUUCACAAUGCCUAUCAUGAAGCUUGCUUGUACUGCAUUGGAAAGAGUUCCACUCACACGAACAAAAAUCAUCGAGCAUUUGAUGAAAAAGCUUCAUCAAGAUUUGGUCUUUUGUCGCUCUCCUGGAGAUAGUGAUCUAACAAGCAGAGUCCUUGAACAACAAGUGGAGAAAAUGGAUCCCUUACUCAAUUGGGUGGAAUCAGAAUUCGGCUUUAAGCCUAUAGUGUACUCUAGCUUUUUCGGUGGAAAGCAGGAAGAUGGUCUCGUUAGUGCCAUUGAAAGCCUUCUGAAGAAAACAAAUGACUGUGAAUUAGCCGCUAUCGAUGCAAUUGCUGCAGCUGCACACUCUCUGAUCAUUUCUAUCGGGAUAUUUCAUGGGAGGCUGCAAAUUGAGGAGGCAAUUGAAUUGAUUAGGCUUGAAGAAGAUUUGCAGGUUGAUCGGUGGGGGCUGGUUGAAGGUGGCCAUGAUGUCGAUAUUGCAGAUCUUAAGGUGCAAAUCUCAUCUGCAGCUGUCUUUCUAGGACUUUCAAGGAGAUGAGUGGCUUCUCUUCUUCCUGUUGUUUCUUCUAUGAAAUCUUUAGGUGCUUCUUAUAAAGUUUUGGUUAUAAGUGCAUGUUGAGUGACACUUGGGAUUAAGCAAUAAUCAUCCUUGAGUUUAAAUGCACCUUUUACUGAGGUUAGUACCAUAAUCAGUUGCAAGUUUAAGCUGUGACUGCGUUCAACCCCUAA